GGGCCAAAACGAAACAAACGCUUCUGUAUUCAUCAGUGUUUAUUUCUAGUACUAGUGCUUAUUUCUGAUUUCCUCUGGCCGUGACCAAGACGGCGGCAGCCGACAGCGUCUGACUGUUGAAAUAUACGGGUCCAAGUUCAGGAUAGUGGCAGAUAGGAUACCCUGUAACAGUGUAACUGAACCAUGGGAUCGGAGACGGUGGGCGAACCUCGUGGCAACAUCUUCGCGAGCCCGACUUGGACCUGGUCCAUAUCCCCUGACCAGCCCUCCCAUCGGAUGACGGCCAAACUGUACCGCCUGCCGCAUCCCGCCAGCGUCUACCAGGCCGUCGUGCGACAGCGCUUCCCGGCCGCGUUCCUCGACGCUCGCAUGUUGACAGGCAGCAUCCUGGACCUGCAGAUUGCCUGCUGUAAGGCGCUGGCUCGUCAUUCCCGUCAAAGUAUGCUGACCAAAUCCCUUCCGAUGGAAAUGCUCUACGCUCUUUCGCCGCGAACUGGUAUAUCGGACGCACUGAAAUUGUUGGGCUUCAAAGCCGACUGCGAAUGGGUGGUGGUGCUGUGGAUUAUUCCGGCCAACGAACAAGUGCCUUCGCCUUCCAUGCAGGCUUUUGAGAGUCUCUUAGCUCAGGAAAAAGGCCAAGAAUUCGCUUUCUCGGACCUCACAAGAUUAUCUGACUUCAACAAAAUUGCACAGGUGUACGAUUUUCCCAUGGAUCUCCCGGAAGCUUAUGCCCACAGUCCGACAUGGAAACGUUUUUUAUUAAGCCAUGUCACGUCUAAAAUCGCCAUCAAAGAAUAAACAAGCAAAUUAGAAACAGAUAAAAUGUUAUUAAAACUUGUGCAGUUACCAGUGUGAAUGAAAGCCAGUUUAAUUUUUAACCAAACAAUAACUAGUAACUACUAUCGCAAAAUGAAAGUUUUAACUGGAUAAGAAAGGGAACACUGGAUUGUCGGCUGACUCUGUCCACGGCAGACCGCUGAGCGUUCGUUCAGUUCAGGGCUGUGGCGUAUAGCGCAGGUACUCCUUGCCGGAGGGCAGCGGCUGGACUUCCACGCCCUUGGGAUAGUUCUUAGCUAAGUCCGCGGCCGGCACCGUGGGCGGCACGAUCACCUUGUCGCCGCUCUUCCAGUCCACCGGCGUCACCACGUUAUGCUUGGCCACCAGCUGCAGGGAGUCGAUAAUGCGCAGGAUCUCACUGCAACACCACCACAAAUGCUACAGCGGCACUAGAAACUCCAGUAGCCAGCUAAAGUCUUAUUACUGUCAUUGUGGAAGUAAUUCCUCAACGGAUACGUUUUACAGCGGUUUCUGGCGGGUUUCAAUAAAUUUCUGAAUCUGCAUUUAUCUGAUAAAGUGCAGUAUACAAAUCUUUGCCGUCCAUCUCAAAACUGGCCGCUCAGAAAUCAGCGCCGGCAUUGGCGAUUUGAUGGUUUCAUACAAAAGGCACGAGUGUGCCUAAAAGAAAGCACUAUGCGAUGAUUUCAG